AUGCCCCGCCACACUCUGAAGCCUCUCUCUCGUCAAUUCCGGCCCACCCGCCCGGGUCUCGAUGGGCACGGCACGGAUCAGUCCAUGUGGGAGACUCUGGAUAGGGUACAAGUCUUAGGAGGAACGGAUGGUGGGGGGCAUACUGGAUGUGUAAACGCGCUCAGUUGGAGCGAAGAUGGUCAGACUUUGUUGUCGGGGUCGGAUGACAGGCGGCUAUGUAUAUGGCAACCGGAUGCCUCCCCUCUACCCAAUACCAUAUCUCCCCACCCCCUCAAGCUGUCCACGAUGAUCAAGACUGGCCACCGCAACAACAUCUUCUCUGCCAAAUUCUUGCCGCACGCAAAUACACCAACCAUUGUCAGCGUGGCUGGGGAUAGAGAUAUAAGAGUGUUUGAUGUGGAACGACUGGGGCGGAGUGAGGAGACUUCAGAGAAUGGGGAGAGCUGGGAUGUGCUGGAUGGGACUGGUGCUGGCGCGGCAGGUGUCCGUACCCUCCAGUGCCACAAGUCUCGCGUCAAGCGCAUCGCCACCGAAAAUUCGCCCUCCCUCUUCCUUACCGUCUCCGAAGACGGCACCGUCCGACAACACGAUCUCCGCCUCCCCCACUCUUGCUCUGCAGGAUUUUGCCCCGAAGUCUUGUUCAACGCGCCAAAAGGGGUGGAUCUGUAUAGCCUGAGCGUGAGCCCUGUGAUGCCUUGGAUGUUUACCGUCGCGGGGACUGCCGAGCAUGCUUUGGUGUGCGACCGUCGUAUGACUCCCUCCUCUUCAUCAUCCUCUUGGGGCCCGAAUACCAGAUCCGACGGUCAAGUCCACUGCGUCCGCCGACUCGGGCUUCCAAAUGAAGAAUGGGAGCGCGUCCUGCCAGGCCGUCGAAGAUUCGGAGGCGAUCGGCAUAUCAGUAGUGUCAGGAUGAGUGGAGAGCGAGGCGAUGAGGUCGCGGUAGCAUUCAUGAAACACUCAACCUCUCUCUUCUCAACGUACGAUUCUCCCUACUCGUCUUCCGCCAAAUCACCGAAUUCUUCUCCCAUACUAUCCCCGAAUGAGAACGCCAAGCGAACAAAGAACAAUGCGGACAAAUCUGUUCUCGGAAAACGACCCACAAGCUCUCGCUCCCUCUCUCCACCCCCACCUUCAGCCAACCCCGGAUCCUAUUCUCGCCCCGCUCCAGCAUCCACCACCAGAAACGAAGAACCCCUCUCAGCCGAGGAAAUACGCGACUUGCGUGUUUUGCCCUUGCCACCAGGCGAGCCCCAACCCGAAGAAGAAUUAGACAUGGAGCCAAUGUCGCCGGGGUUGCAGGAUUUCUAUGAAGGGGUGAUGGAGGAAGCUGCUAACAUGGCAGAGGAGCGUGAUCAGCGCAAUUAUGUCAGUGUGGACACUUUUGAUGAUAAUGGCAAUUUGAUCGGGGGUGAGGUAUUUUAUAGGGAGGGUGACGAGGAGUCAAGUAAUCCCAACCCCGAAUCCUCUUCUCGCCCCGCUCCAGCAUCCACCACCAGAAACGAAGAACCCCUCUCAGCCGAGGAAAUACGCGACUUGCGUGUUUUGCCCUUGCCACCAGGCGAGCCCCAACCCGACGAAGAAUUCGACAUGGAGCCAAUGUCGCCGGGGUUGCAGGAUUUCUAUGAAGGGGUGAUGGAGGAAGCUGCUAUCAUGGCAGAGGAGCGUGAUCAGCGCAAUUAUUUCAGUGUGGACACUUUUGAUGAUAAUGGCAAUUUGAUCGGGGGUGAGGUAUUUUAUAGGGAGGGUGACGAGGAGUCAAGUAAUCGUGAGCUUCUCAUCUACUCGCUAGCAAAAAAAACCAAACUGAUCAACCUUCCGAAAGCCAAUUCAUCCCACCUCCACAACCUCGCCGACGACUUUCUCCAACGCCCCGUCGCCGGCCCAGGCCACGACGACUCGGACGAAGACGACUAUUCAUCCCUCGACGACGAUGACGAUUUCGACAUGUUUGACGAAGACGCCUAUUUCGACGCUGAUGAAGAAGACGAAGACUUUUUUGGAUCGCCCAUUUUUGGCUUCCCCUUUGGCGCGCAUGCGAGUACGGCGGCGAAAGACAAGUAUGAUUCUGUUGAUGUCGUGCAUCCUGUGAGGUCGUUCUUUGGGGCGUUGAACACUGAAACUGUCAAGGACUGCAACUUUUUGGGAGUGAGGAGUGACAAGAUCGCGUCCGGCUCGGAUGAUGGGCAUUUCAUGGUCUGGGACAAAGACACCGGCAGACUGGAAGGUGUCUGGGAAGGCGACGGCGCCAUCGUCAACAUGAUCGAACAACACCCCACCCUCCCCCUCAUCGCCUCCUCCGGCAUAGACUCCACCAUCAAACUCUUCUCUCCCCUCCAUCACCGCCCUCAUCCGCAGCCUUCGUUCAACAGGUCGAAUAGAGGGGAUGAGAUUGUGGAGCGAAAUAGUAGGGUGCCGAGGUUCGUUUCGGGAGGAGGGGCGGGGGAUGAUUUGUUUGCUAUGUUGUUGAGUAGGGGGAUUGUGGUGGAGUGA